CUCGUGACCUGGUGACCCACGGCACCGCUUCCCAAGCGAACCCAGAUCGACGGGCGCUUCUUCUGUUCCUCUCGCAAACGAGCACAACGCAAAACGUCUCGUAGGUAGUGCAAGUGCACCUUCUCAGAGUGUAGUGUUGUCCCUUGCCGAAUUUCGUACGCUGGAAAUUGCCCCAUGCACCAUGUUGAGGUCGUUUCUCGUUGGAUUAGUUGCCUGUAUGGCCUUUGCCGAUGGGCAGAUCAAGUCGUCAUUUUCAUGUGAAGGAAGAGUAUCUGGAUACUAUGCUGAUGUUGGUACUGGCUGUCAGGUGUACCACAUGUGCGAUGGCCUCGGCCGCAGGUUCAGCUUCACCUGUCCCAACGCCACGUUGUUCCAGCAGAGAAUGCUCAUCUGCGACCAUUGGUUCAUGGUGAAUUGCAGCAGGUCCGAGAGCGACUACGGUGCAAACCUGUUGAUAGGUCAGAAAGAGACGCCUUUCGUUGGGGAAACGGGACUGAGUUCAUUUCAACGCACUCCAAGACCUGACUACACCGCCAUCAAACUUGACCAAACCAAGGGCAUCUUCCAAAGGGCACCAGAACCAUCGGAAGACUCCAACCUGAUCCCCGUCAACUCCGAGGAGCAGAACAAUGUACCGACUAGUUGGUCAACUGAAUACUUAAGGCCUGAUCCAACGGUCGAUCCCACGAGACGUCAAGACCAGCAAACGCGAGGUACAGAAAAGACGAGUAGUGCCACUCUUGAAAAUAGACUUAACAAUGGGGCGGAUAGAGGAAACAGUGGUCAAGAAGUCAAGACGGCUACCUACAAACCAAUAGUGAACUUCCAGUCCAAUUACAAAGCAACAACUCCAGUUUAUCCUCAAACUGUGGACGAAACACUGAAAAUGAAAGACUUGGACUUGGUUCCUCCCAAAACUCAACCGGUGGUGACAAGGAUCGAGGACAUAAAUAAUCUACAGAGCACGGAAUACAGACAUGAAGAAGAUACGUCGGUACCUGUAAAUUUCGAGUCUCACUUCAAGGCCACAACUCCAGUGUAUCCAACAUUCGUCGACGAUUCCCUAAAGUUGGUCAACUUGGAACUGUCACCGCCCAUCUUGCACUCACAGAACGAGAAUGUUAUCUUGGAUGAUAAAACACAGAAAUUAGAAGCGAAUAGUCCGGUUGUAGUGAAUUUCGAAUCAAGAUUCAAGGCUACCACUCCGGUGUAUCCGAAAUUCGUUGAAGAUGCGUUGAAAUUGAACGACUUGGAUCUGUUACCACCCUCAUCUGUUAUAGGCCGAAGGAGAGAGGAAGAAGAAGCGAAGGUUAACUUUGUUUCAAAUUUUAAGGCCACAACACCAGUGUACCCUUCAUCAGUUGAAGCCACUUCUCCCUUACCAGAUGGGGUUGGUUUGUUGCCGCCCUUGGAGGAUGUUCCGAAGCAAAACCAACAAUUCACCGAGACCACGACAAGAAGAUCGGUAAAUUUCGAAUCCAACUUCGAAGCCACAGUUCCCAACUAUCCACAAUCUGUUGAAGCCACAUCGCCACUACCAGAUGAAGUCGGUUUGCUACCUCCGAGCAGGAACGACGUAUCGGGAAGAUUCCUCAAUUUUCAACCCAAGGAUGACACCGACAAUCAGGGUCGACCCGAAGAAGAAGAACAAGCUAAACAACCUGUGGUUUUCUAUGAACCUCCGCUGUUCGAAACGGGCUACGUGAAUCCGAACGGAGCUUUGGCGAGUUACCAGAGCAACUAUAAUCACGUGAUAUCGCCGAAAAUCGACGAUUGGAACGCUUUGAGACGCAGAUUUUCCGUGCCCGACUUCGAUUUUCCAUUAGAUUCGGAAGUGAAAAGGGCGUCAUACGAAAGUGAUCGAAGUUCGUUUCAGCCGAGACCUGCAGGUUCGCAAGUAAGGUGAUUUUAUUCUAUGGUUCGAUACCGUGAUUUUCAGACUUGGAAAGAGUGAAUGAGGGUAGAGUCAUGGGUGGGUUCGAAAAUAGCUCCGUGAAAUACUAUGUGCCAAAACUAGGACUCGGGGUAUAAUUUUUUUUACAACAUUUUGUGUUACAACAACAGCAUUGAUUUGAUGCAAUGUCACAGGAGUGAUAUCCAACGAACAGAAGAGCCCAUAACGAAUCAGCAAAUUUCAUAAUUUAUUGUUUGUUUCUUUUUCGAUAUCUAGAUUUCCAUAGGUGAAUAAAAUUAACUUUUCUGCGGGAAUUCGAACUCCAAACCUGUUUGGAUUUCUAGUCAUACAAUAAAUUAUGUAUAACCGAUA